GGCUGCAGCCAUCAUGCGGAUCCGCUGAGAGCCACAUACUCACCCAACUUUGUCACGCCGUUUCUUCCUCCCCGCACCGGGUCGACGAAGAAAGCAGGGGGGAAAACAAGCGUUCCUCGAUUGGUGUUCUGAGAGUUGCAGGCUUCAUCUUCAACCUGUUUUAACCGUGCAAGGGGAGAAGUGAACAGACGUUUUAAUGAACCACUACACGCUAGCUGACGCCAUGACCGAUAACUUGAGGAUUUUAUAAUUCUCCCCAGUGGAAGAGCGUCACAUCUUGUAAGGAGCCACAGGUCAGAAACUUUACUCCUCACUCCCCAUUAUUUUUUCUGUGCUCUGCAGACAGUGACCGAGCUGCUUGUGUUCUUGCACGCUCCAACACGAAUGCUGCGUGCUUGCCCGACCAUCCCCUGCCUGCCUGCCCUUUACUCCUCCCCAGCUCCUGUAAUCCCCUUGUUUUUUUGUUUUGUUUGUUUUUACUCCCUUUUGCAUGACCACACCUGGCCACUUUGAUGUCAUCCCACUUUUUCCUUUGGUGGUUUUUGAUUGGUUGUCAUCUGAUCCACGAGUCCUCUUGGAAACAAGCUGAUGUUUGUGUGCACAGCUGCCUGCUUUUUGUAAACUUCCACAUAAAUACUUUCCUCUUUGUCUGUACACUUUCUUUUAACCAUUUUCCAAAAUCUUUUCCGAGAGACACGACAGGCAUGAUUGAGCGACUACGUCUUGCCGAAUUCAUUAAGAUUGACCAUGACUGAAAUCCCAUUGCUGAGAGAAACAUUGUGAAAGGCGAACUGGCACUUUUCCAGCUUCUGAGUUCAUAUCAGAAAUAGGACUGCACCUGGGUGUAAAAACCCUUUUACAUUUCCUGAAAAAGGUGGAUUGGGUUUGAAACACGUGUCGUCACACGUUGAGCUACGAUCGCUUGUUUACAACUGAAGAUGUCGCGGUAUUGCCCUACUGCUAACUUCGUAUUUUGUCUUUCUUAUUUAAGUAUGGUGUGAUGUUGCUGUUUUGCAUGGUGUAGCACCUCGUCAGAUGAUCGCAAAGGGGAAAAAAAAUCGACAACGGACUACGUUUUUACAGGUUCCCUGCUUGGCGGCAGCAAGCAAGAUGUAAGCGUAGUAGUUUGAGAGCUCAGAAAGAGAUGUUGGAUGGCUUUGAGUCAACCUGUUGGAUGGAAAAAAAAAAAAAUCCAACCGACAAUAUCACGACAAGGAUGAGCGUGUGGUCCUGACAUUUUCAUUACGAGGAAACUUCACAGUUCCAAAGUUGUCGGAGUCCAACAUGGGGUUUGGCAUGCUGGGUGUGUUCCUGGGACUGCUCCUGGAGGUGUCCACCCAUGGACCCCAUGCUGUGCCUCGAACUUCCUGGAGACACCAAGAUUUGGAGCUGUUGGAGUUCUCAGAGCCGGGCAUCUUCAACUACUCCACGCUACUGCUUAGCGACGAACGGGACGUGCUCUAUGUGGGCGCCCGGGAGGCCAUCUUUGAGCUGAGCAAGAAGAAUGUGACUGUCCGAAACAACAAGGUUCUGUGGCAAGUUGGCGAGACCCCCAUAGACAUGUGCACACUCAAAGGAAAAUCAAAGGAGAGCGACUGUCUGAACUACAUUCGAGUGCUGCAGGUGGUCGACGACCAGCGGCUCUACGUCUGUGGGACACAUGCCUUUCAACCGCAGUGUGAUUAUUUGACUUUGGCUGACUUUUCGUUAGAGGGUCGAGCAGAAGACGGCAGAGGGAAGUGCUCCUUCGAUCCCUCGCAAAGCUUCACCACUGUCAUGGUUGAUGGAGAGCUGUACUCUGGGACUGCUUAUAACUUCUUGGGUAGUGAGCCCAUUAUUUCUAGAUACUCUCCAUCUUCGUACCUGCUGAGGACAGAGUAUUCCACAUCAUGGCUCAAUGAGCCCAGUUUUGUUUUCGCCGACGUGAUCAGGGAAGGGGAGAACCCUGUAGAUGGUGAGGACGACAAAAUCUACUACUUCUUCACAGAGGUAUCCGUGGAGUACGAGUUCUUCGGCAAUCUACUCAUUCCAAGGGUGGCACGUGUUUGUAAGGGCGACCAGGGAGGACAGAGGACGCUGCAGAAGAAGUGGACGUCCUUCCUGAAAGCCAAGCUGGUGUGCUCCAUGCCCGAACUCAACUUUGUCUUCAACGUGGUGCACGACGUCUUCAUCCUGAAGGGCACGCGCUUGAAGGACACGGUCAUCUACGGGGCCUUCACCUCCCAGUGGGGAAACGUUGGUCUGUCGGCAGUGUGUGCUUACAACAUGUCUGCUGUGGAUGAGGUCUUCUCCAAGGGCAAGUACAUGCAGAAGGCCACCGUGGAGCAGUCCCACACUAAGUGGGUCCGCUACAAUGGUGUUAGUCCCUCGCCACGUCCUGGAGCAUGUAUCAACAGCCGCAUGCGGCAACAGAACAUCAGCAGCUCGCUGCACCUCCCCGACAAGACGCUGCAGUUCGUCAAGGACCACCCCCUGUUGGAGGACCCCGUCCUGCCCAUCGGGAACAGGCCCCGCCUCAUCACCAAGGAUAUCAACUACACACAGGUGGUCGUGGAGCGGGUCCGCGCCCUUGACGGGAGCAUCCACGAUGUAAUUUUCACUGGAACGGAUAAGGGGGUCCUGCAUAAAUCGGUGGUCCUGACAGGAGAGGUCCACAUGGUUGAGGAAAUCCAGCUCCUGAAGAACUCCGAGCCCAUUAAGAACUUGGUGCUGUCCUCCAAGACGCGAUCCCUGUACGCCGGUUCGGACUCGGGUGUGGUUCAGUCGCCCACGGCCUUCUGUGGCAGCUACCAGUCGUGUGAUGACUGCAUACUUGCCCGAGACCCAUACUGUGCCUGGGACCCUCACAGUGCUCGCUGCGUCAAGAUCUCCGACACGCCCAGUCAGCAGCUCUGGAAGCUAAUUCAGAGCCUAAGUGGUGAUGCAGACAAAUGUCCUACAGCCCCCAUUGUGCCCCUGAAGGACUACAAGCGUGUUUCGGUGAAGCCUGGGAGCUCCGCCGAGCUCCCGUGCCUGGUACGCUCCAACACGGCGCAGGUGAUGUGGAGAUCCAAUGGCUCGCUCCUCACCGAGGCCUCGCACUUUCACUUCAUCCGAGAGAACGGCCUGCUCAUCUACAGUGUGGCCGCCGAGGACCAGGCCCACUACGAGUGCUGGUCCGUGGAGUUCGCCAGCGGGAAGAACUUCACUCGCCUCCUGGCGGGAUUCGUCUUGACUCUGGACGUCCCGGAUGCCGCCACUACCCUCCAGAGCCGGGAGAUCACGCACAGCAUGGAAGGUAAAGUUGAGGCAGACGGAGCGCUAACAUCAGCCCUCGCCCCGCCCAAUUUCACCGCCGCCGUGCAGCUCACAUCCUCGCCACGUUCGUCACUAACCCCAAGCGGCAGCACCGAGCAGCCGCCCGAGCACCCUAUGCCCCCAGAGAGCGCCACCCCAGAGGCGGAGUACUUGCAGCGCAGCAACGGCACAGCCCUCCUCUUCUUCUUCCUGCUCUUCUUCCUGCUCUUCCUGGCCGCCGUGGCGUACAACUGCUACAUGCAGUAUCUCCCGGCCCCGUGCCUGCGUCUGCGGGCGGCCCUGUUGGGCACACACAAGAAGAGCGACGCCGCCCGGCCCGAGUACAGCGCCUGCGAAGCGGGCCUCAUUGAGGCGUCGGUCGUGUCGGACAAAGUUGCCGCAACGGUGCAGCCUGUGCAGAACAGCAGUCAGAACCUGCGCGCCUUGCGCGAUACCGGCUACGAGACAGAACCCGAGUGCGGCAACGGGCGCGUGCCCUCGCAUGUCUUUGCUGACGAAAGCCCGUGUCCACAGAAGCCCUUCGACGUAGACUGCGACUCCCAGUCCAUCCAGUUCGCUGAUGCCGACGAGCCUUAUUGCUAGAGACAAAAUGGAAGGCGGCACUCUUUCUGCACAAGUUGUCUUUUCGCUUUUUAUGUUCAGGAGGCUGCUGUGCCCUCUUAAGCGGGGUAUACAUGAGGGUUGCGAAGGGGUGGAACAUUUCUAGGAGUUCCCAUCGGAAUUUAAGAUGGGGAAUUUGGGAAAUAUUCCAAAAUGCAAACUUUCCACUGAAAUGGAUGGAAAUUAACUAGGAAUUGAGGGUUAUUUAAUGGAUAAGGUAACAUACAAGCAUUAAUAAAACAAUAUAUGCCAUAAGCAGUCCAUCCAAGCAAAAUACAUACUGUAGCUCUCCUUGCCCACAUGCGAUUGCAUUACAGUACUUUAGCUGCUCAAUUUUUUCAUCUCACUCACAGAGUGGCAUAUCUGAAAUUGCCUCAUAACUCAGAAUUUGGCUCACAACACAAAGUGGAAAAAAAAAAAAAAAAAAAGACCAAGCAAUGUUUCAUAAAUGGAAACCUCAAGUCAAGGUACACUGGUCAUUUUAGUCACAAUUAUGCUAAAUAUAUUUUCUGUUUCUAUAUAUAAACUAUUCAAGUUACCUAUUAAGAGCCAACCUUCACUUUUGUACAUUCAUGGUUUAUUCCCAUUAAUUCCCAUGGAAAGUAAACACAUUUAAAAAUUCCAGGAAUUUUGCGCCCCGAGUAAACACACACCGAUUUUUUUUUUUUUUUUUGUACAGCUUAACUCAAUUUCAAUGUGACAGAGCCCGACAUGACAUGAAAAAAUGUACCAUGCGUGUACUUGGUGCUCUUGCGUGUUGUGAACUCCAGAUGACCCCAGCACACCACAUACAACAACAUCGCCAGUCUCCUCUAACCAGACGUCUGUCAUAGUACCAAGACUGACCUGUGAGAGUCAGAUGUGCCUUCCACGGUAGUAGAAGGAAAAACAUUGAAAAAGCUGAGUUAAAUGUUCUCAUUUGGUAACUACUUUGCGAUUGCAAAUUCUUCUCUUUUUCAUUUUUAUUCUGAUGAAUGCCUCGUAAAACACCUUAUACAAACACUAAGCACAACAAAUUCCUCCUCGGUUUGUGUCCGCCAACAGCUAUAAUUGGCUAUCGUUCCAUUUGAUGUCACAAGCAGUGCCAGUGGCUUAAUGAUUUGUGAUUUUUAAAUAUUUAACCGGUUUAACAUUUCCCAUUGUCGGUUGUCGUGAGCUGUUCCAAGCGAUCGGGAGGAAAGAUCACUCUUAACACACGCCCCACUACAGGGUAAUCACUCAGGAUAAUCUUUCAGAGACAUUUGAUUAUCAGGCCUUUGCUGACUGAUUGUAAGAGAGGUAAAAAGGCUCAAAUUUGUGCCAAUUAUCGGUUUGUGUGUACCCCGCUUUAUCUUAAGUCCAGCAAGAAAAGCUCAUUCCUAAAUUCCAAAUUGGAAACGUUGUUUACCAAAUUGGUAAGUUAAGUGGAUGUCUUCCAAAUUGGGCUCACUUUUCUCUGUACAGGCUGAGUAAGUCAUCAUUUUUUUUGUUUUUUAGUCUGCAUUCUGGGCCAAUGGAGUUGGACAACAAUUCUCAGGGAAGGUUUUGCCUAGCAUUUUGUAGCUCGGGUUUAUUCUGUGGAGUACAUAAUGUGUGGGAUGGGGGGGGAUCUGAAGGUUAAUUGAAUGGAAAUGUGUUGGUCAAAUCAAACCACUCUGUGUUUUGAAAGGAACAUAUUAAUUUUUCUGCCAUAUUGUUGUUCCUUCACUGAUAUCACUUGUUCUGAAUCAUCCAUCCACUCUCUAUCCACAAUCUGAAACUUUUUUUAUAAUUAAGCCUCAAAUUUCCUCAAAUAGUGGCCCUUCCCCUAUGAGACAAACACUUCCCUCAAUUACUGAAAAUCGCUCUGUUUAAAAUAGAACAAAAACUAAAAUAAAGGUAAGUCAGUCUGAUUCUCAGUUCAUAGACGCUAUUUUAGACGCAGGAACUGAUCUAUGUUGGUAACCAAAAAAGCAGCACAUACUGAGUCUGACAUAAACUAUAUCCUAUAAGUUAUGUAUAUGUUUUUUGGGGGAGUUUGCCUGUAAUAAUUAUAUUUUAUAGAGAAGACUUUCUAAAAGUUCACUGAUUGCCAAGCUUUGCAGUCUGUUGCUAACCAACUGUUACUUGUGGAGUCUUACUUCAAAAUGUAAAUGUGUUCCCUGCGCAGUAUUUAAAAUGAUCUACUGAUAAGUUACAGUAUAUGGAGUUUUUCAUGGUGUUUAUGAUCCACGGAUCCCUUGAGAUGUAAAUUAAACUCCGCUGUCAUUUGACAUAUAUUUAAUGUAACAAAAAAGCGGCCACUAUUUGCAGGACUGAGAUAUUUAAGGUGAAUUUGUUCGUGUUUUUCCCCUUUAUUGCUAUUUUACCAGCAUCCAUUUGGUCUCUUGCGCACGUCUCUUUUGUUUUCUGUGUUCCUCAAUUUUCCUUUUCCGCCCUUUUCCCAUCACCACCUUCCUUCUUCGCAGCCUCUUCAUCUGUCUUCCCUUCCUCUACUUUCACUUCCUCCUCUUCCUCCACGAAGCCUUGUGUGGAGGCUGGCCAGGCGGAGGUGAGGCUGUUGCCCCCUUUGCUGAAGGAUCAGGCGUGGGGGCUUCAGACCCACGAGGGCUUCCUGCUCUUCUGUCUGGCCCUGGGUGAGUGAUCCCACCUGCCCAAAAAAAAACACUUUUAACCCUGCUCGUCAUUCUUAGCUGGAUUCCCUUUGCAUGGCCUGACUAACAUUGUGGCCUUUUCUCUGAGCUCUAACUUUUGAAUGUGGCGGCACUAGGAGAAGAAGCUGACAUUCCGACUUUGAAUGUCAAUGAAGUGGUGCACUUGUUUUUUUUCCUAUGGUAGACUCACUGUGUUGCAUCCCAACUAUGCCAACUGGGCCGUUUUUGUGCCUGUAAAGAUAUUUGUAUAUAUGGGGAAAGAAACGUAAAUAAAUGGCUUGUAAUGAAAAAGUUGUUCAGUAGAUAGGUAAGGAGGUGAAAUAAAAGGUGUCA